GUUACGAGGGGCAACGGCCACACCACAAGCCGCGCUUCUUGGCUUCUGAGUGAGAACCAUGGCAGGUCGAACCCUAGCUCUGCGAUAUGGGCCCCCUUGGUCCCCCAUUUCUGAAACUGAGGUUCCUGGAACCUGGCCCAGCUGGCAUUUAACCAGCAGCGGGGUCGCCCACCACAGGAUCCCAACGGCGCACUUUCCUCCGCCUACUCUACAGUCUACGGUCGGGGCAACUCUGCCCGCAGCCGGGAAGCACGUCCCACGCGUAUGUUCUUUUGACGAAGUCAUCAACAGAUGGGAAACCACCUCAGGCUCCGCAAACGUGCCCAAGACACACGGUGGGCCCUGUGCUCAGCCCAGGGCAGCAGAGCACCAGGACCCUGGGCGGACACUAGGGAUCAAAUCUUUGGCAGAGAAGCUAAGAAGACACAAGGGCUGGGAUGUCACAAAAUACCAGAUCAGCGAGAUGAAGGAACAGUACAGGGACUUGCCAAGUCAGGACCAGAGUGCCCCUCUCUUUGAGGAGCCCCAACCCCUGGAGCUCACCGACCACCACCGCGGAGGCCCUUCCCAGGCCCUAAUCCCCUGGACGAGAAACCCAGAGCUGGCUGGCCAGCCCUUUCCAGUGAGCAAGAUGGGCAUCCUGGGCCGCCUCCAGCCCUAUCUGACCACCACCGUGCGCGACUUCUCGAGGAAGGAGUUGCCUGGAUACCUCGGCCAAGAAACAGUGAUUUGCUGGAAGUGGCUGAAGAAGUCACAAGCCCCCUGCCACCUUAAGCUGCAUGGCGGUCAACUGAAGGAGCGCCUAGCCCGUGCACGCCCAGUGCCAUCGGCCGUGCCGUACCUGGGUGCCCUGCCUCUGACUCAAGAAUCUUAUGGGCCCUUGGUGCACCCGCUCCGCAGGCUGGACCGCUUUUGCCCAAUAGACGCACCCUGGGGAGGCCCCCACUCAAAGCCAGUGCCUGGCAUCUACAGCGUGCCUAAGGCCUACUGCACUGAAAACUCCCGCUAUGGGAGUGGCAGGGCAGAGCUGGUGUGAGCAUGUGUGAGCCCCGCCCUCCAGGCAGACACACACUCCAGAAUCGGAUUUGUGGGCGGGCCAACCCGGGCGUACCCCAUGCUCCUCCAGGUGGAGCUUACUGAUCAAGGAGUUUUACAGCUGAAAUCAUA